AUGAUUUGGAAAGUUGCUAUUUUCUUCUGCGUGGCUAUCAUCUUCGAUGUACCUCAGAAAUCAGAGGCAGAUCAAAGUCUGUUUUUCCCAUUUGGAUUGAAUGAAGGGGAUGAAUUCCUACCCGCCAACGAUGACGGUUCCACAGAAGAGCUACCAAUUUCCGUCGCCUUUCCUUUCUUCGAUCACGACCACACCAGUCUUUUUGUCAACAAUAACGGUGUCAUCUCGUUCUUGGCGGGAGUUAGUCAAUAUACCUCCGUACCGUUUCCACUCGCUGAUGGCCGACGACUUUUGACCCCAUUCUGGGCUGAUAUCGACACGCGUAAUGGCGGGACUCUAUCCUAUCGACAGGUCUUACGAUUCGCCCAAAACGACGGCAUGUUCCUCGAAGCCGAUGGAAUUAUACGAGCAUCAUUUGUUGAAAUGAGAGACUUUAUGUCGUCAUGGAUGUACAUCGCGACCUGGGACAGAGUGGCUUUCUUCGGUGCUUCUGAUACCUCCAUCAGAAAUUCCUUUCAAGCUGUGAUGGUGACGGAUGGUCGCUAUUCCUUCGCCAUCUUUAAUUACGGUGAUAUCAACUGGACAACGGGAACUGCCAGUGGUGGUGAUAGUGGUACUGGUCUUGGUGGAACCCCCGCUCAGGUUGGAUUCAACGCUGGUGACGGAGUGACCUCUUAUAGUGUCCCUGGAUCUCAGACAGCGGUCGUCGUCGAUAUCGAAACGACAUCGAACAUCGGUGUACCCGGAAGAUGGGUGUUUAGAACGGACAACUCAAACAUUGAAGGACUAGAAUGUACCACCUCUGGUGCAAUUUCCCUGUUCCCAUUGGUCGGUUCAAUGCUUGGUGGAACUCAGGUUCUUAUCAACGGACCAUGCUUCAAUUCAACCAACCUGAUUAUCUGUGACUUCGACGGAAUCGAGACUUCUGGAAGGCUUCUGGAAGACGAGAUCGCCCUGUGCGUUUCGCCGACUUUCUAUAAAGUUGGACGGAUUCCCCUGCGCGUGUCUCUAGACGAUGGAGUCACGUUCGAUUUUACAGGAUUUUUCACAAUUAUCAGUGUCGAGGACGUUCCUGACAAUGUAUUUUCCUCGGUAACGGAAAGCCGCCAAAGAGAGUCCAACUUCGAGAUCACAUGGAACACAGAUGCCCUCGAAAGCGUGGACGAGGUUGAUAUCGUUGUCUACGGCUACCAAGAAGACAAUGACGUGGAGUUUAGUGGACCUCUGAUCAUAGUGGCACAACGUAUUAACUACCAUCUCGGUCACUACAGCGUUUCAGGGUUACCUGCCAUUGAGAUCCAUUUCGACGUCGGUGUUAUUGGCGUCCUGGAAUCUGGAGGUCAAGCGGAGGAUUCUACACAUGCUGCCCUCUGGAGCAAGGUCCAUGUUCUACAGUGGCACAACGGCGAUGACGUAACAUUUUGGUGCAAUGAUUGGAUUGGAAAAGAAAUUCGGUCUGAUCUUUCCUUUCUGUCCGUCACACACCCGUGCCCAUGUACACUUGAGCAGGCCCAGAUCGACAUAGGGAGAUUUAGUCCGCAUCCGCUGUGUGAUAUUGACAUCUUGUCGCCUAGCAACUGCAUCCAUAAACCUGGGGCGAUACACUGUGUACGAGCAGACACACCGAGCUCACUAGGAGGGGGACAAGAGUGCUGCUAUGGUUUUGAUGGAAUGAUCAUCAAUGUCUUUGAUAGUCUGGGAGGGGGCUACAGUCAUCGAUACCACCAUGGUGGCGUCACCCCAUAUGGAGAACCUAAGAAGUCCAAAAUAUUGCUGGACUGCCUCUACCCCGUUUUCCAGCAGAGACCGAGCAGGCUACAGAUCGGUCGGUCGCCGGUCUGA